AUGGAACGUUUGGACCUUCUGGGAUUCCUUCUCAUCACCUUCAACUGCAACAUGACCAUCGUGGGGAAGGUCUGGCUUAUCUUCAUGAUACUGCUGAGGAUGGUGGUGAUCAUCUUGGCAGUCUCCCCCGUGUACCAAGACGAGCAGGAGAGGUUUGUGUGCAACACUCUGCAGCCGGGAUGCGCCAAUGUUUGCUAUGACAUCUUCUCCCCAGUGUCCCAGCUGCGGUUCUGGCUGAUCCAGAGUCUGUCGGUGCUCCUCCCUUCUGCUGUCUUCAGCGUCUACGUGCUGCACAGGGGGUCAGUGCUGGCCGCCCGCGGACUCUGCUGGCCGGACCGCGGUCCCGGGGACCCUGACCCCGCUGACCUGAGCCCCGGGGACAGGGAGCGGUGCCACCUGGCCGUGCCAGACUUCUCCUCUGGCUACAUCGUCCACCUCUUUCUUCGGAUGCUGACCGAGGCAGCUUUUGGUGCCUCGCACUACCUCCUCUUCGGAUUCUUGGUCCCAAAGAGAUUCUCUUGCACGCACUCUCCGUGCACCAGCGUGGUGGACUGUUACGUCUCCAGGCCCACGGAGAAGUCCAUUAUGAUGCUUUUCAUGUGGGCGGUCAGUGCGCUGUCGCUGGUGCUCAGCUUGGCCGACCUUGUCUGCAGCGUGCACUGGAGGAUGGGCGCGCGCUUGCGCGCAGCCGCCCCUGCCCCCGGCCGUCAGCCUGCGCAGAGCGGGGGCUCGAGGCCGGGUCAGGCGGCCAGCAACGCAGGUGGGUGGGCGGAGGUGGGAGUGCCAGUCCACCCCGGCCCGUGGGCUGCAGGGGAGGGUGCCGACAGCCCUAGAGGCAAGUCUGCCGCGUCCGUGCGGACAGGGCCUCCUGAUGAAGAGGACAGUGACGUGAUGUCCUCGGCCAGCAAAGAGCCGGGGAGCAGGCCCCACAGAGAAGCCUCUGGGGACUCAAGGGACGAGGGUCCCACAAAGUCAGAGGAGCACCCUUUGGCACCACGGAGCCCGCCGGCCCGGCGCUGUUCGUCUGGUCAGCUGCAGCCCCCCGACUGGCCCGCCAACCCGAGAUCCAGAAAGUCCGAGUGGGUCUGA